CCUGCGUGCUACUUUUUUGAGUUUAGUUGGCGCGCAAAUGGUCCAGGCUGCGAGCCGUGCGGCUAAACUUCAUCACCCACAGACUCUAGUGCUGAGCUUGCACAGCUGCCAUGAGCUACAUCAAUCUGCCCACCGUGCUGCCCAGCUCUCCCGGCAAGAUCCCCCGGGGGCAGAUCCAGGUGAUUCUCGGGCCCAUGUUCUCAGGGAAAAGCACCGAGCUGAUGAGAAGAGUCCGGCGCUUCCAGAUCGCCCAGUACAAGUGCCUGGUCAUCAAGUAUGCCAAAGACACACGCUAUAGCAACAGCUUCUCCACUCACGAUCGGAACACCAUGGACGCGGUCCCAGCCUGUGUGCUCCAGGAUGUGCUCCAUGAGGCCGUUAGGGUGGCUGUCAUUGGUAUCGACGAGGGACAGUUUUUUCCUGACAUUGUGGAUUUCUGUGAAAAGAUGGCCAACGAGGGCAAGACAGUGAUUGUGGCGGCGCUGGAUGGAACUUUCCAGAGGAAGGCUUUCGGUAGCAUCCUGAGCCUGGUGCCCCUGGCAGAGAGUGUGGUAAAGCUCACCGCCGUGUGCAUGGAGUGCUUCCGAGAAGCCGCCUACACGAAGAGGCUGGGCCUGGAGAAAGAGGUGGAGGUGAUCGGCGGGGCCGACAAGUAUCACUCUGUAUGCCGUCUGUGCUACUUCAAGAAGUCUUCAGCCCAGACUGCUGGGAUAGAGGACAAAGAGAACUGCCCGGUGCUGGUGCAGCCUGGAGAGGCCCCGGCUGUCAGGAAGCUCUUUGCCCCUCAGCAAGUCCUACAGUAUAGCUCUGCCAACUGAGGGGACCUGGCGCCUGCCAGCUCUUACCCCACAUUGGACUCUCAGAGGCAUCUCGGUUGCCGAGAUGCCUCAUCGCAGACUGCAGCCCAGACCCUGCCUGGUGGCUAGGGUCCCACAUUCAAAGGUGAGGACAGAGCUGCCCAGCAUCGUGACGCCGGUGGUGCUAGCUUCUUCCUUUGGUUUUCACUGCUGAGUUUCUGUCUCAGAGCCCCACCCCUUACCAAGAGGAAUUAAAUAUUAAAUGCAAAAUA